UAUAAUUCGAUUUCAAUUUAUUGUUAUUUGUUUUCUUUAACCAAUAAUGUGUGAAAAUCUCUGUCUUUCAAUAAUAAAUUUAUACAUCAAUGUAUUCGGUAUUGAUGUUGGUGAACAAUUCUUACAGAUGAUGUCCAAAGAAAUGUUAAAUAAUCGACUUAUUUUAUUAGAAAAUUUGGAAAAACAAACGAAUAAAUUACGUUCCAUGCUUGGUGAACAAAUGGCCAUUACUGAUCAUGAUCAUUUAUUAUUUAUGAACGAUUAUUCGAUUAAAUUGGAUCAAAUAUCUUCAUGUUUGAUACGAUUAUUCAAUGAAACUUAUAGUGAAUAUGAGAAAGAAUGUUCCAUAGAAAAUGAUGCUACCGGUAAUAAUGGCAAUAAUCAAAAUAAUUAUGAUAAUGAUGAUGAUGAUGAUGAAGAGAAUAUUGAUCAAAGUCCAAAGACUACCACAAUUCAAAAGGAAAAAUAUGAAAUCAAAAUUGAUUUUCAAUAUGAAGAUUUAUUUAUUGAACAAGAGAUAUUAGAUUUUGAAUGGAAAAAAUGGUUUCGAUUUGAUGAUGAAAUGUGUGUGAAAUUACGUAUAUAUUGUCGUGAUCGAUUCGAUGAUGAAUUACCAUUACAAAUGCGUAUAGAAUUAAAAGAAAUAUUGGCCACUUUAAAUGAUUCAACUAAAGAAACAUUAAUCGAACGAAUCAAAAAGUUUACAAUGAUGAUUCAAACAAUACAAGAAUUAUGGUAUCUUGUCGAAAUUGUAUAUGAAACAAUAAUGAAAAAUGGUUGCCAUGAUUAUUAUAUUUGGUUAUGUAAACUAUUAAUUAAUUCGAUUACCAUAAUUCAUGAAAAUCUAAUGGGCAUAGAUGUGUUCUAUUUUCAACAUUUAUUCAGUACAAAAUGUCGAAUCAUAUUUUUUGAUUUUCAACAUGAAGGCAUCUAUAAAGGUUUUAGUGAUUCGAUCCGUUUGAAUAAUGCCGAAUUGAUAACGAAAUUAUGUAAAUCUGAUUCUCUACCAUCGAACCUGUUGCUCAUCUGUUUGAAAUAUCUACUCAUGUUACAACAAAAAAAUCAUAUCGAAUGUUUCGUUCAAAUGUUUCAAUGGUAUGGAUUUGAAUCAUUCAAAGAAUUAGUGAUAAAAAAUCUUUCUAAUCAUGGUCGACCAUUGAAAUAUAUCCGAUCAAUAUUUAUCGAUUUGGAUCGUUUAAUUAUUGAAUCUCAAUCAUCUACAUCCAACAACCAACAACAAUUAUCAUCGGAAACAAUUUCAUUGAUGAAACGAAUAUCAUCAUGUGAAUUUAAGAAAAAAUUUACAUAA